AUGACAUACCCUAAAUGUGGUACCACAUGGAGCCAGGAGAUCGUCUGGAACAUGAGGAACAACCCAGACCUUGACAACCCAGACGCCGACGACGCACUCUUCAUACGCAGCCCUUACCUUGAGAUGGACAUGCUUUCCGUGCCUGAAAUGCCGGUCGACGCUGCUGCAACGGCCGUCUUCAUGAAGGGCAUCGAAAAAUACGUCAAGGAUCUUGACCAGCUUGUGGGAACUGCGAUUUACUUUCAGGUGGCUGAAGCUCACUGGAAGCCUCGCACUAUCAAGACUCAUCUGCCCUUUUCCAUGCUGCCCAAGAAUCUAUUGGACACAUGCAAGGUUAAAUCAGAAAAAUGCGUUGUUUACGUGUCACGUAAUCCCAAGGACAACGUAUUGUCCGCUCAGCACCACUACAAGCUCGCCAAACUGCACAACUUCGUCGGCACUCAGGAUGAAUUUGUUGACCUAUUCGUGGAGGACUUGCUGUUAUAUAGCCCGUACGGGCAGCACCUGAGAGAGGCGUGGUCCCGACGCCACCACCCCAACUUCUUCAUGACGACGUUCGAGGAGCUCAAGGCAGACACCCGCCAGCAGCUCACGAAGCUCGACGCUUUCUUGGGCACCGGCCUUACGGACAAGCAGUUCGACAACAUUUUGCAGACAACCAGCUUCCGGACCAUGCAAGAGAAGGACCAGAUGCAGAAACUUAACGAAACAUCCUACAAUAUGGACGAGGGAAACAAGGAAGGACUGUUCGUCAGGCAGGGCAAGGCAGGCACCUGGAGGGACAAGAUAACUCCAGAACAGAACGCCAAACUCGACCUUUGGAUCAAGAAAAAUUUCACCGAUCAUGGAAUCGACUUCAAAUACGACUGAUUGCCUACCAAGUCUAUAAUAUUUCGGGAAAUGUUGUAAUGAAAUGAUUUAUCUAAUGAACUGUUUUAUUCGAACUGAAUCGAACAUAUCUUUAAAAGUUAUAACGUUGAACGUAUAUUUGUUUCACUAACAGAGCCGUCAGAACUUAUUUCAACAGGCUUUGUCAUUAUGUGGGUGAUUGUGCUCUUUAUUCUUGUAUGACAUUCUUCCUUUUGUACUUUUAUUUCUAGAAAUAUUUCGAAUUUUUGCGGCAGUUUGAGGAGGGUUCAAAAGCAAAACUGUGCAGCAUUUUA